UAGCCCACCCACCGUGUGCCCGGCUCCGGCGAUCCAUAAGAACCAGAAGCCAGCACCUCGCCGGCGGAACAAGUCCAGGAUGGGGAAGACUCCGGUGCGGAUGAAGGCGGUGGUGUACGCGCUCUCGCCGUUCCAGCAGAAGGUCAUGCCGGGCCUCUGGAAGGACAUCACCACCAAGAUCCACCACAAGGUCACCGAGAACUGGAUCUCCGCCACGCUUCUCCUCGGCCCCGUCGUCGGAACCUACCAGUAUGCGAUGUGGUACAAGGAGCAGGAGAAACUAUCCCACAGAUACUGAAUGAAUGCGUGGUCCUCCAUCCAAGUUGACUGCUACAGCAGUUGGAAUUUCCAGUGAUGGGUUCUGUAGUUCUCCAAGGAUGAUUUAACAUUUGUUCGAUCGAUGCUAGUUGUACGCUCCUUUUUUCAUCUUUCCAUGCAGAUACAGCAUCAGCGCCUUGCAAACUUAUUUUGAGGGCUUCCUACAGGCAUGUGGGCCUCUGUUGUCGAUGAAGUUAAAUAAAGCAAAGUAACUGUUUGUUUGUUG